UCGGGUAACACUAUAGUCCGAACAUUCAACGCAACGCACGCGCGCUAAGAAGACACGGAUAAUAAUUUAUAAUAACAAUUAAAAAACUAAUUAUAAUACAGUAUAGUGUAGACAGUGCACUCACACGCAUCAACAUGAGAAGUUUUAUCAUCAUCAGUGUUAUUUGCAUGCAAAUUUGGAGUCACGGUGUCGCCAACGCUGCUGGAGUGGGCGCAUUCGCUUACCAGGACUCAGCUGGCAAUAGGUACGGUGGCACAUAUGGUCUGAAGAACAACCAGGUGUACAACGUCCACGACUUCCCAACCUUCGCGCCCGUCCCCUUCGCGGACUUCUCAGACGUCAACACUUUCUUCCCCGAGUACUUUAGGAAUUUCGAGAACCUUCUACAAGAGGCGUUCGCUAAGAACGCAGAGCAGCAACAGUUAGCACUGAAUGCAGCCAGAAAAGCAUAUGAUUUAACAUCGAACCAAGCUGGUUUCUUUCCUAACUUCGGAUUCGACUCUAGGUUUGGCGGUGUGCCCAACUUCGGAUUCGCAGGACAAGACUUCGGGAUGCCAGGAUUUGAGAACAGGUUCGGGAAUGUCGGACCGAACAGCGCUUUCGCCGCCGGCGCAGUCGGGCCCGGCUUCCGGCAUCAAAUGGCUGCAAUUAACCCGCCUAAUCCCAAUAUGCCGAAUGUGGACGUGACGCAAUACUCCGAUGCGGCUACUGCACCUAGGGAUGGGAACGGUUUCUACAGUGUAUCCAGUUCAUCAUAUUCUUCUUCCUCCAAUGUGAACGGCAAGCAGGAAAACCGUCAAGGAGGUGAAACCAUCGUCAACGAUAACGGAAAAGUCACCAAAUACAAAGUUCACAACUAAAGACCUCGAUCCCGCUAAACAAAGUAUUCGUGCAAAGAAAACAUGGAUCUCAAAAUUUUACGUAAUAUCUCUGUAAAUAGAUUCUUCAAAGUGCUGUGAUUCAAGCAUACCAUUGCUAUUAAGUUGUCCAUGUAACCAAAUCAGGAAGGCAGAAAUAUGAAUAAACAUAACGUAUUUCCAUGA